AUGGCAUUGAGAGCUGCACUGAGGAACAAGUCCACGUUGUCAGGACUUCUUUCCCAGUGGUCGUCCUGCAGCAGUAAUGGCAGAGUGUGUGUGUCUCCCGUCCUCUUCGCUCAGCGGAGGAACAACUCCACCUCGCAGAAGAUUAAAGUGGAUUUUGACCAAAGCACAGGUGUGGCGGUGAUGCGCUUCCAGAGUCCGCCGGUCAACAGCCUGAGUUUAGAUUUCCUCACGGAGCUCUGCAUCAGUGUGGAGAAGCUGGAGAUGGAUAAGAGCUGCCGAGGCGUCAUCAUCACUUCGAACCAGCCCAAGGUGUUCUCAGCCGGGCUGGACAUCUUGGAAAUGUACGGGAAGAGUCCAGAGCACUAUAGAGAGUUCUGGAGAGCCGUUCAGGAGAUGUGGCUGAAACUCUACGGCUCCAACAUGGUCACUAUCGCUGCAAUCAAUGGUUCCAGUCCUGCAGGUGGCUGUCUGAUGUCAAUGACAUGUGACUACAGGAUAAUGGCUGACAACCCUCGUUACACUAUCGGCCUCAAUGAGACGCUGUUGGGCAUCGUAGCACCUCCUUGGUUUAAAGACACCAUGUCCAACACGGUGGGCCACCGACAGACGGAGAUGGCUCUGGAGCUGGGGCUCCUCUACAACCCCUCAGAGGCCCUGAAGAUAGGACUGGUGGACCAGCUGGUACCUGAAGACCAGGUCCUCACCACAGCCACACAGAUGAUGAGCAAGUGGUUGGCUAUUCCAGACCACGCCAGACACCUCACCAAGUCCAUGAUGAGGAAGCCGACCAUCGACAAGCUGACGUCCAACAGAGAGGCCGACAUCCAGCACUUUGUCAACUUCAUCUCCAAAGACUCCAUUCAGAAGUCGCUCGGCAUGUAUAUGGAGAUGCUGAAGAAGAGACGAGGAUAGAGGACUAUGGGAAACCUAUAAGAUGACACACACAUACACGCAGUAGGGACACACACAUUAAUACCAGUUGAAAACCCAGUGUCAUGUGUUCAUUGGUGUCAGCUGUCCUGAGAUCCUUCAAUGCAGCUCAUCUUCAUCGCAGUGUUAAACCAGCGACUUCGAGGGAAACACCCGGGAGUGACACCAAUGAUCCAGUGACAAAUUUUCUGUUCAUAUUUCUACCGACGAUAGUGAAAGUAACUUCCAUAAAUCACAGCUUAGUUUCAAAACGUUCCACUUAUUUUGAGAAAUAUUUAGUCAGCUUGUUAGGCUGAUUUCAGUGAGGCGAAAGCGUCUUUUGCGGGUAAUUUUAAUACACGAGCAGGCACUUGGUGAUUAGCUGCAUCUGUUUAUGACGUGCCAAGUUCACUGACGUUUUUCAGACACGUGGAACCACUCCUGUGACAGUGGCGGCGGUUGUCUGAGAGCAAGUGAAGAGGGGAAGUGAACGAUAAACGACUAAUGGAACGCAGACACUACACUGUCACACUUACACUCAUUCAAAGCUUGACAGACCUACUGUGCCUGGUUACGGUUGCUAAGCUGUGAUGAGGGUUUAGUUAACAGUUAUUGCCACAGACCGAUCUCAACCAAGUGCCAAGCUUCACUGUACCUUCAAGAACCAUUACAACACAUGAAAGUAACCUUGGGUGCUUUUGACAGCCCACAGUGGGCGAAGCCUCUGACAGAUUUAUCCGCAGUCCAUUUUUCUGACUUCUUUUGAGCUUGAAAUAUCUUUAUAAGUGUGUGUAUUUAUGUGGUCAGUGGAUUUAUAGGUGUGAUAAUUAAAGAAUGAACUGAAGGAUCAAAA